GUCCAACGUCGAAUGACAAGGCUGAAACAAAAGCUGGAAACCUCCCUAAAGUCUCCGGGUUAGAACGCAGCCAGGAACUGAACACAGACCUGCCAUUUGUUCUACCCCUUUCCAGCCCGCCACCUACCGCAACCAUCGUGACGUCCAGCUCUUCGGUACCCACGUCAAGCACCCGAGCUAGCCCGCUCUUGAAAAAGGAACCCUUGAUCCCAGCACCAGCACCUCCGAGGCUCACCCCUCAGCCACAGCCUCGCCCGCAGUCACAACCUCAGCCUCGUCCGCAGUCGCAACCUCAGUUGUUGCCCGAGCUUCGGACACAGCUGCCGAGUCAUAUUCCCCCACCCCUCAGUUACCAGGUCCAUCACCAAGUGGCCCACAACGGAAUCAAUAAUAUCAGCAGAAGCAGCAGCGCCAGCAGCGCCACGAGCAUUAGCCUCCCCAAGCACCUUUCUCUCUCCCCACAGAUCCCACCCCACCAUUCCUCUGGCCCCGUGGUGCCCCUUUCCAUCUCCAAUCUUGCCGCUUCGCACUUCCCUCUCCGAUCGCAGUCCCAACAUCAGCAUCAUCCGGCCAUGUUCGCCACCCCUCCCACGCUGCCGCCCCCACCUCCAGCCUUGCCCACCAACAGCCUUGUGAUCCCGGGACACCCUGCAGAUACCAGCCUGUUGAUAUCAUUCAACCAACCAAUCAUGUAUUGCCAGCCUCAUUCGGGGAUUCUGAUUGGUACAUUGUCACAGGCAUCUCUCUUACCUCCACCAAUGAGUUCUCACGUAGAAAACCAUCACAGCAUGACGUGCAGAAAUAGGGAAUGCCAGGUGAAUGUUUUGAAUUAUUUUACCUCUACGUUUUUUGUGGAACUCACAGGCUGCUGGGCCCUGGUGUCUUUGUCUGUUUAUCACGAGCUGCUUAGACAAGAACUGAACAAUCGGUUUUUGAUUCAGAUUGCGGACAGGACUGGCGGCUUGCUCGGUCUGGUGCCGAUGCUGAGGGCGGAGUUCCAUCAGCACCAACACACUCACCAACACACCCAUCAGCACACAAUCAAUCCUUUCCCGUCCAGCCUGCCCCAGAAGCCGCACUCUGCACCUUCCCUGGUGCGUACCCCUUCCCCAAACGUGUGGAUAA